GAGCAAGAGAUAGACCCAAUUUAAAUCCUAUAAAUUUCGUGCGUGAGAUCGGUCAUAUCGAUUCGAUUCUGCUUGCUAGCUGAUUAGCUAGCUGCAACGACGACGGCGACGAAAUGAGCUCGGUGGCGAAGAUCGGGCCGUGGGGCGGCGACUACGGCGGCCGCGACCACGACCUCACGGUGGCGCCGCGGCGGCUGCGGAGCGUGGCGCUCCGCCACGGCAAGAUCAUCGACUCCGUCGCCUUCACCUACGCCGACGGCGACGGCGCGCUCCACUCCGUCGGCCCCUGGGGCGGCGACGGCGCCGAGCUUCCGGAGGCGGUGGCCAGCAAGCUCAACGGCGGGGAGCGCCCGCCGCGCGGCACGGUGGCGGAGUUCGCCUUCGAGCCCACGGAGCGCGUGACGGAGGUGCACGGCACGAUGGGGCCCUUCGGCGACCGGGACAGCCUCGUCACCUCGCUCAAGCUCGUCACCGACCGCCGCACCAUCGGGCCCUUCGGCUACGGCGCCGGGACGCCGUUCAGCCUCCCCGUGCUCGGCGACGGCGCCGUCGUCGGAUUCUUCGCCCGCGCCGGCGAGCACCUGGAGGCCAUCGGCGUCUACGUCAACCCGGCCAUCCCUUCUGAGAAUUAGCCAACAAAUGUCACCGAUCCUGUGCUUCCCACUCUGGAAUAAUUAACUUUUUCUCUCUGGUAUCUGGUGAUAAUAAACUUUUCUACAUAGUGAUGAAUGUCAUAUUUUAAUAGUAUUUUAAUAGGAUAUUAAAAUACAGGAAUAAACUAAGAGCAUUCCUAGCAUAGAGUCCAUCUCAUCCUUUAACUAAAAGAGAUUUGCUUCGGUCCAACAAA